AUGGGCGAACCAAAGAAAGGCACAAUCAAGUUCCGCAACAAAGAGGGCACCCUCGACGCCUCCGCCCUUCUCUGGCGCGCCCUAACCUCCGAGAAGCCAGAGGUCAUGCGCAAAUACAUCACCAAGGACGCCGUCCUCUGCGAACCAGACCAAAAGGUGUACUCGCCCCGCACCGAGCCCUCUCUGGAUGAGUACAUGGAGGAUGGCUACGAGCCCUGGACGGCAUACAAGAUCCACGACGAGCCUGAGUUUGUCGAGAUCGACCUCAUGGCCUCAGCGCUCAACUACCGCGUCACUGCGUGGAAGCUUCAGAAUGGGGAGAUGAUGGCGACGGAGGCUUGGUGUCAUAGCGUCUUUCGACAGGGACCUGGAGGGGAUUGGAAGUGCUGUCUUCAUCAUAUGGCCAAGGUCUAG